AGGUCCGGUGUCGUUCGAUGCCAGCGGAGAUCGCUUGGCCUCGUACCAGCUCUUGAACUACCAGCCCGUGUCGGCCAGCAGCCGUCGCCUCCAGGGUGCCACUGCCACGCAGCUGGUGGUGGCGGGGGAGUUCAGCGCCAGCACCGGGAUGCUCACCAUCGGAAGUGGCGGCCUCUACUGGAUGGAUGGCAACAUUUGGCCACUGCCGCCUCCUUCGCUGACCGAUUGCGACCCGGGAUUCUUCAAGGAUGAGACCACUGGCCAGUGCAAUCCCUGCCCCAGAGGCUUUGCGUGCGCUGGCGGCUCGCAGCCCUACCAGCAAUGCGCACGUGGAUACUUUGCCAAUGUCACUGGCAUGAUUAACUGCCUGCCCUGCAACUUUGGCAGCUAUGCUGCAGAGGUGGGCUCCGCGGAGUGUGCUGAUUGCCUGCCUGGCUUCUAUGCGGACGUUCUGGGCCUGGAGGCGUGCAAGAAGUGCCCCAAGGGCACCUACAUGGAAACCACCGCUGCGGUGCAGUGCAUCGCGUGCGGCAUGGGCAUGGUCACCGAAGAGAGCGGCUCCUUCGCCGCCAGCGACUGCCAAUGCGCGCAAGGCACCUUCAUGUGCAACGUCACCGGGUGCCAGCCCUGCCCCGACGGCCUCUCCUGCGCAGCAGGCCUGGGACCUCCGGUGAUGCUUCCGGGCUUCUGGGCCGAGAGUAGCGGCGAGACGUGCAGCUACUCCGUGCUCCGGUGCCGGGACACCCAGGAGUGCCCCGGCCUCGCGCUGGGCGAGUGCUCCCCGGGCCGACAAGGCUUGGCGUGCAACAACUGCAUCGUGCAGUACUUCCCGCUGGAGGAUGGCACCUGCGCCCAGUGCGCGGCCGGGGAUGCUUUGCCGGCCAUCUUCUCAAUGAUCGCAGCCACCAUCGUAAUCAUCGUCUUGCUCUCCUCUGUGAAUGCAGAUCUCAACCAGCAGAGUUUGAACCUCCUCACCGUCGCCGCAGUGGGCAGUCAGAUGGUCAUGGCCGUGCAGGCGCUGGGCUCGAUCCGCCAGCUCUCAAUUGCUUGGGUGGACCCCGUGCGCGAGAUCAUCGAGCUCACCAGGCUUUUGACCUUCGAUUUCGACGUGAUCCGUAUUUCUUGCAUCUACGGCGCUGACAGCCCCACCAUGAAGUUCCUGGGCCAGCUGCUGGCGUGCCCCAUGGGGGCCUUCCUCAUCAUGGUGGCCUGGGGCCUGGCGCGGCUGCGCGGCAAGAGGAUGUCUCUGGACUCUGUGUUCAACCUCAACGGCAUUUUGCUGUUCGCCUUGUUCAUCACCCUUACCUUGGCGGUUCUCGGACCCUUCCAGUGCAUCGGCAAUCCAGAUGGAAGCUCCUCUAUGGCAUCCAACCCAGGCAUUAUUUGCUACGACUCCGCGGAGCACUGGACACUGAUCGGGCUCUCCAUCGUCGGCAUCAUCUGCUACCCGGUGACCAUCUUGGUCUGGGCCACCUACACCACGGUGAAGUACCCCUCGCGCAUCAAUUCCGGCGCUGGACUUCAGCUGGUGAACCGCUACCGCUUCCUCUUCCAGCGCUUCAGGCCAGAGUGCUACUUCUAUGGCCUGGUUUUGCUCGUCCGCAACGCCUUUGUGGCACUGUUUCCGGUGAUGUUCGUGGCCGCGCCGGAGAUCCAGGUGGUGCUGAUGGGUGCGCUUUUCGUCUGUGGUGGCGCCUUGCAAGUCCGCACUUGGCCCUGGCGUACGGAGCAGGCCAACUACGCGGACCUCAUCAUGACAUGCUUCCUGCAGAUCGUAUUGCUUGGUGCAGCACCUCUCCUCGAGAUUGACCAGGCUCAGUCCACCGAGAUGUUGGGCUGGCUGCUGUGCGUGGCAGUGCUGGGACCCUUCCUUGCUGGCUUGUCGGCGGUGGGUUACUCCAUUUACCGGCAUUUCAUGCCCGGCGACAUGUUCGGGAUCUUCCUGUGCCACCACAAGGGAGGUGCCGGCAGCCUUUGCCGCCUCCUCAAGCUCUUGGCCCACAGGCACAGCAACACCAACGUCUUCUUGGACUCGGAUCAGCUGGAGGAUUUGGACCUCAUCUUUGACACCAUCCGGGCCAAGACCAAGAGCGUGGUGGUGGUGCUUACUCCGGAGCUCCUGAAGCGCAUGUGGUGCGCCGGUGAAAUCGUCACCGCGCACAAGAACAAGGUGACCACGGUGCCCGUUAUUUGCGAUGGGUUCAUCCAACUCACCGAGAAGACGCUGGAAGCCAUCCCUGAUGUUUGGACAGCCCAGCAGAAGCAGAUCCUGGCCAACUACGGCAUCGACAUGGAGGAUGUGAAGAAAGCCUAUGUGUGGCUCCGUGACUCUCUCGAACACCUGACGCUCUCACGCUUCGGGCCGGCGCAGGGGCGAGAGGAUAUCGUCAUCGAGAUGCUGCAGAGGGCGAAGGUCAGCAUGAAGGUCUUCCGUUCCACAGCACCAGUGAACGGCAAGGUCAAGGCCCGGAUUUUGAUCACCGGCUCCGUAACAGACGCCGAGGCGCUGGCCACGGUGGAGGUUUUCCAGAUCAUGGUGCAGAGCCACAUGCGCGUGGAGUGUGCCAUGAUCCGCUCGGACAAGGAGAUGACGGCCUACAAGCCCUGGGCCUACUAUUUCGUGGUGCUCUUCUCCCGCGGCAUGCUGCGCGACCCUCGCUUCGCCCAGAUCUUGCUAAGUACAGGCGCUGGCGAAGAGGAGCCAGACCCUUCAGUGCGGCAGCUGGAAAUCGUCACGGUGAGUGCGGACACAGGCUUCGAGUUCCCCAGCGCGGAAUUCUACAAGGAGCUCGAAAUCAACGGCCUGGGCACCGAGGGCCUCGGCCCGGAGAGCGGGAAGCUCCUCUCCAAGGCAUACCGCUCCCUGCUGAACGUGCUGGCACUUCCUUUGUCUCCCAUGGGCUCCGAAGGCCUGCUGGAAAAGCAGGUCUCAGAGAUCUCGAGGCGGUUCCGCAGGUACAAGGACAUUGCCGCCGCCUCUGCCCAAGACAACUCGGACGACCAGCUCGUGUCUGGGGACGGCGUGGACACCAGGCAGCUCGAGCUCGAGUUGGCGAAGGAGAUUCCCGCGAUGUCGAUGCCGACUGCCCAAGUGGUGUCCACGAACAUGGACGCUUCAGUGGAGGAGCCGCACGUGGUCCUGGCCGAGGAGUUCUGAAUCCGAUCACACAUCAACUUGCCGAUGCGGAAGGCCCAGCUGAGAGAAACCA